AUGGACAAGCUACCCCAGGACGUAGAAGAAGGCGACCUGAUCUUGGUAUACACACCCAAAGCAGCAGCCAUGCUCAUUGUCAAGUCUGCUUCAGCCAGACAAGAUCCAAGCUCAAGCGCAACCCGCCUUAUGGUGCAGCACGUGCACUGGCACAUCCCCAAAUCCAAGGGAUAUUGGACUUUAAACGGACCAAACGUCCACUAUAAAGAUACUCACGAGGAAGAACAUGUUUGGUACUGCUCGUGCGAAGAUCACACCAUCCACGAGGAAGAGAGCCUGGAGACGUUCCUUCAGCGCUUCAAAUCCCAAAAUGAAGGGGACGGGGAAACCAACCUGAUAGUUCGGCCUCAUGGGCGUGAUGUCCUCAAGUAUUACUUCGGCGGCCGCUGCCCCUAUUGCGGUUCGAUGGGGUGGUUUUGCCGCGGCUGUCAGCAGAUAUGGCCUGACCUCUUUGGUAGCUGUGGGGAUGACCUGUCCUGCCCCGUGUGCCUUGGGUAUGAUUUUGCUUUGGACGAUAACAUGGCUAUUAAGCGACAAUGGUCGCUCGAAUGCAGCCUGCCAAGUCGCCGAGAGGCUCCGUUCUCAACGGCUGAAGAAGAAGCUAAGCUACGAAGCCUACAAGAGGAGCUGCUAUCUUUGGUUCGGGAUAGGUAUGAGAGGAACAACGUGAGAAGAGAAGACAUGGGGAUGAAAAAGGAAGAUGUGGAUAAGUUGGUGAGCGACUAUAACGAGGCUAUCUUCAAGAACCAGUAG